UGCGGGAUUUGGAGUCUACGUUAAGUUUCCGGCGGCCGCGGAGCAUUGUGGUUGAGAAGUCGUUAGGAGUUUGCUUCGCGCCCGUGCUGAACAGAAAAGAAUCGCCAUGUCUCACACAAUUUUGCUUGUUCAGCCUACCAAACGACCAGAAGGCAGAACUUACGCUGAUUAUGAAUCUGUGAAUGAGUGCAUGGAAGGAGUUUGCAAAAUGUAUGAAGAACAUUUGAAGAGAAUGAAUCCAAACAGCCCUUCAAUCACAUAUGAUAUUAGCCAAUUAUUUGAUUUUAUUGAUGAUUUGGCUGACCUCAGCUGCCUUGUUUAUCGUGCUGAUACUCAGACAUACCAACCCUACAAUAAAGACUGGAUAAAGGAGAAGAUCUAUGUCCUUCUCCGCAGACAAGCUCAGCAAGCAAGCAAAUAAUGAGCCAGGAUGGCUAUGGGGGUUUUGAGGGAGGGGUUUGGAACAACAGGUGUGUACAGCAUUCUGUAGUGAAAGUUUUGUAUUGUAGGCCUCCUGGUCAUUGUUGUUAGUCUGUAUCUGAGGCGAUUAGAAUUUCAAGAUUGCUCAGUUUGAAUUUUAAAUAAAAACAUACAUUCUUUGAGUAUUUAGUUUAAUUGUUCUCUUUGUUUAGGCAAAUUAUUUUUUUUAACUCCCCCAAGAUUGUCCAUUUAUGUUUUACCACAAUCACUGUGUGUACCUCUUUCCUAGGGGGAAUCUUCAUUGUUGUUAUUUGGAGGCAAUAUGUCAUAGUACAGAAUAAAAUAAAUGCUCUUUA